AAAUUUGACAGUACCAAGGAAAACAAAAAGAAAAUAAAAAAUAUAUCAAACUGGAGAAAAUUUUGUCAAAUUUAUUAUAAAAAAAUAGAAAUUUAAUUAAAAAUUUGCUUUCAAAAGCAAAACAAACUAGUAUAUUUGCAAAUAAAGUGUCUAUGAAUUGUUUAUAAACAGCAAAAUAUCAAAUAAUGGCCGCUUUAAAGUGAAAAACUGAAUUUUAUAAUUUGUGAAAAAAAGGAAGGCGUAACAAAGCAAAUAUCUAGUCACCAGGAGAGUUAGUCAGAAAGAUAAUUCUCAAGAAAAGCAUACAAAAAUCCAAUAAGAAUUUUUCCCUAAUUUAAGUUUAAUUACUAAAAUCUACUUACCAUCACUUUAAGCAGAAUCUUACCCAUGAGCAACUAUAGACAUCACGGAGGUGGUGGUGGGUAUUGUGGUAUAGAAGUACGCGACAUGCAUCCAAGAAUUUCUAAUAAUUUCACUUACGUUAGCUCAUGUGUCAAAUACAUGAUCUUUAUGUUAAAUUUUAUAUUUUGGCUUUUUGGUGGCCUCUUAUUGGCCAUUGGCCUGUACGCUUUUAUGGAUAAGUGGGAGUCCACCGGUUGGGUACGCUUGGAGAGUUUUUAUGAUGUUAUCCUAAAUAUUUCCUUGGUCAUGAUGAUUGCUGGUGUUGUGAUAUUUGUAGUCAGUUUUGCUGGAUGUUUAGGUGCUUUACGUGAGAAUACUUGUUUACUUAAAUUCUAUUCUAUGUGUUUGUUGCUCUUCUUCCUAAUGGAGAUGGCUAUUGCUAUAAUGGGCUUUGUAUUUCCACAAAAUAUGAAUACCUUUUUGGAGGAUACGUUCACUGAUAAAAUUAUACACUCGUAUCGUGACGAUCCGGAUUUGCAAAAUUUUAUUGAUUUCGCUCAGCAGGAAUUUAAAUGCUGUGGUCUAAGCAAUGUUGGUUAUCAAGAUUGGAGCAAAAAUGAAUACUUCAACUGUUCUUCACCAUCGGUUGAGAAAUGUGGUGUUCCCUACAGCUGUUGCAUCAAUGCUACCGACAUUAGUUCUGGUCUUGUCAACAUAAUGUGCGGCUAUGGCGUACAAGAACACUCGGUUGCUGCCGCUAGUAAACGUAUCUGGACAAGUGGUUGUAUUGAAAUUGUUCGUGUUUGGGCUGAACGAAAUCUGUAUGUUAUUGCUGGUGUGGCAUUAGGUAUAGCUUUGAUACAAUUAUUUGUUAUUUACUUGGCCAAAACAUUGGAGGGACAAAUAGAUUUGCAAAAAUCACGUUGGUCUGCGUGAAAUCAAUA